AUGAGCUCAACCGGUGAAACCCCCAACUACAUAUUCCGCGCUUCCAUGGCGCAGCUUUCCAAGAAAGAUGCAGGGCAGCAGGAGGGUGCUUCUGGAGGACUGUUUGAGGGCCCCACCAUAGACAUCAGUUCUUCACAGACGCAGAAGGACAAACACCUCCAUGGCCAAGAAGGCAAAGCAACCAAGCUUACCACAAAUUACCUCACUCUCACCUUCGACCAAGGACAACCAAUUUUCGAAUAUGACAUCGAGUUUCCUUCCAAUAUUCGCAGCAAAGCCGAAAAGUUAAGGGUUCUCGAUGCUAUCAGGAGACGGAACAUUAUACCCAAGGACAUUCCCUGGGCUAGCGAUGCGCAGACGGUUUGGUUAUUGAAAUCCCUAUUUGCUGACUCAAAACAUCAUUAUGGAGCCAUUGAAUACACAUCACUCAACGGUUUCUCAAAUGGUGCUUGUUGGGUUGAGUUGAAGUACAAAAGAACACUGAAAACCUCCAAUAUAAGGGAAGACAUGCUUAACCAGGAAAAUCCCCAUCCAGCUAUUACUGCCAUCAAUGCGUUUAUUUCGCAGAAGAUUGAGGAAUAUGCUGCCGACAAGGUCAUGCGUGUAGGGCAAAACAAGUUCUUUUACAACGCAGGAUAUAAGGAGCUUGGUCCUACAAGACAUGGUUCUGACAACUUCAAGGGUGGUCUCUUGGCCAUUCGUGGAUACUACGUCUCUGCUCGUCCAGGAGAGAAUCGAACGUUGCUCAACAUCAACACCGCAACAUCUGCAUUCUUCCGGCCCAUGCUGCUGUCGGAAUGGAUGAUAGGGAUGAUGAAAAGUCCUUACAACUACACAAAGAAAAAUCUGGAAGUUGCAUUGAAGGGUAAACGAGUGCAACUUCUUUACCAUCGUCCUGAUGUAUCUAAUGACACCAUAAGAAGUGUCUCCGAGAUUGGUGAUCCGGUCACCGACCAGGUUUUCAGAACUGAUCGUGGCGAAAAACUCCUUGUUUGGCGUUAUUUCAAGAAAGAACUCAGUGACUACACUAACCCUCAAUUGCCUUGCGUUAAUAUCGGGCGCGCCACCAACCUCAGAGGCGAAAAUAGAGCUCGAUGGGUUCCUCCAGAGUUCUUGGAAAUUGAACCGAACCAACUCUUUACGGGUAGCUUGACAGGAUGUCAUUUGUCUGAAAUGAUCAAUGCCGCAUGCCGAAAGCCAGCUCAAAAUGCUUAUAUGCUCUAUAAUGAGGGCAUGGCCUUAUUCGGGAUCAGGGACAACGCAGCUCACUUCGACCAAUCUGGCCUGGUCAUCGGCCAGGAACUUGCGAAAAUUGAUGCGAGGAUCCUAAAUCCACCUAUCUUGCAAUACCAGAAAUCAGAGUUGAAGUCUCAGAAAGCCAGUUGGAAUCUUGUGCCGAACUCUUCACCUGUCAAGUUCGCUAUUUCAGCACAAUUCGAUCAUCUUCAUAUGUUGAGAAUCAACUUCGACAGCUCAGGCAAUGCAAUUGGGAGCAUUUUCAGGGCAUUGCAUGGCGCCUUAACAAAACAUGGCGUCAAAGGGCCUAACCGAGAAAUGGUCAAGACCGAUUAUUUUUCGUUGAAAGACAUUUCUCGCUGCAGUAACCUCGGAGAAUUCCCAGAAUUGGAAACUCGACUGAAUGUCAAGUCAUUAAAAUUGGUCAUCCUACCAUCGAACAACCAAGACUGGUACCCAACUAUCAAGAAAUUUGCAGAUUGCAUGUACGGAUCACGUACAAUCACUUGCAUUGCAGAAAAAGCAGCAAGGGCCGACCCUCAGUACUGGUCCAACAUAGCUCUGAAGUUCAACUUCAAAGCCGGUGGUCUUAACCACCGCCUUAAAUCCAAAUGGAUCUCAUUACUGCUGAAGAAAAGGAACACGGACAAAACACUCGUUGUUGAUACACUCGUCUUAGGGGCAGAUGUGACCCAUCCUCCUGGACGUGGCGGGACUCCAGGUUGUCCGUCAAUUGCUGCUGUGGUCGGUUCCGUCGAUGAAAACUUUUCCAAUAUGCGAGGUUCUAUGAGGCUUCAGACAGCACGCCAAGAGAUCAUGGAAAGCCUUGAAGACAUGGUUGUCGAGCUACUUCUGGCAUACUUCACCCAUGAUAAAAGGAAGCGUUUGCCUACAAAGAUCCUCAUGUACCGCGACGGCGUGUCGGAGUCCCAAUUCUCGGCGGUUGAGAGCAGAGAACUUCCUGCAAUCAGGCGUGCUUGCGAGCGAGCAGUCAACGGUGCCGGGAUAAUUGUACACAAGAUUGAAAUCAACUUCUAUGUGGUUUCGAAGCGCCACAAUACACGCAUAUACCCAACCAAUCUCCAAAGCGGCCGAGGUCGUAACAACAAUGUCACUCCUGGGGCUGUAAUUGAUAGAGACAUCACUCUCCCGAAGCGAUUCAACUAUUACCUGUUGAGCCACGAUGGCAUACAAGGCACCUCCCGCCCGGCUCAUUACAUCGAAAUCACUAAUGAGGUAGGCUUCACCGCCGACGAGACUCAAGGAAUAACACACGACCUCUGUUAUACCUACGCCCGUGCUACUAAGGCCGUCAGCUAUUGUACGGCGGCGUAUUACGCCGACCGCCUUUGCAACCGAGGCAGGGAUUACCUGCAUGACUACCUCGUCGGCAACAAGCCAGCCGGGAUGAAGUUCGGCGAAUCCCCAAAGGCACUCGAUUUGCGCAUGGCGAGGGAAAUACAGGACAGCGAGUACUGGCGUACGUGGCUCAGGGAUCCAAACAUGCCCGAGGAUAAGAAGAACGAACGGAGGGCGUCUAGGAAGAACCCCUGGCAUCCGAACCUUGACAACACCAUGUUUUGGAUGUGA